AUGUCUCUUCAGCAAAGGAUAUCGGAAAAGAGAAAAGAACUUGACUCCUUGAACCAGAUUAAACAACUCUCAGAGAACUUGGCCACUCAGCUUGAACAACUCGAAGCUAAACUUGAUACACUUUCAGAAGGUAGUGAAUCGGUCGCUAUAGUGCUUUCGAAUUGGAACAAUAUAAUAAAGUCUGCCUCAUUAGCAUCCAUGAGUCUUCAAAACUACACUGAAGGUGAUUAUGAAAACAAGGAUGAUCCCCCACUCCCUGAAACUUUGGUAAGAUUGAGAAUUGAUGAAGAUAAUUGA